AUGUGCUCGCAUCAUGCUCAGGAGUCAGGGUACAGAACAUCAGAGAACUUGGUGUCACCCUCCACAUGCAACUCAACAACAACCAACCCCCUCUGCCAUACGUUCCCGGAGUCUACCAAGCGGAUAGCCAUCAAGCUUGCAAAGGGCUUCCAUGAAUUGAGUUCAUCUUGCUCGUCUAUCCGCGCUUGUUGGCCUGAAGACUCAACAAUCAAGGCCCCUUGCUCGGCGGGCCUAACUCUAAGGUUAAUGAAGUCUAUGAACCGGCCCCGAGAAUUUUGGAAGGGAGGAGCAGGCGGCGCAAGCGGGAGCGCGCCAAAGCGGCCCAAAUCAAAGCUCCUGAACGGCCAUCUGCUGACCUACCCCAUCCGACUGGAGUCGACCGACAACGAGCUCCUCUCCUUUCUCCGACUGUACCUCAAGCAACAUCUGCAGACGCCCUCAAAGCCAUCUGCGUCCUCGACAAGCUCCACAAAAGCCACCCAAUCGACCGCACGGCCCCAUGGUCAUCUCAAACGGCCCUCGCUCCCUGUACUCAUCCUUUCCUUUUCCUAUGGUCUCGAACGGAUCGGCGGAACGACCGGCCCCUGCCACACGACUCAGCAAGGUCGCCGGCGUAUCCAAUCUCAAACAAGAGCUCUUGGAAAGCCGACGCCGCCCUUUGCUCGAUGGUUUACUAGAGGCGAAAGCGGCUCCGCCGCCGCAAGCAUCCCCGCCCCCGGGGACUUAUGA